AUGGGCGGCUUCACAUCUUCAACCGCCACCUCCGGCGACCGAAUCUGCGCCCACUCAAUCGACGAAGACGACGGGGAUUUCACAUCCACCACCGUGUCGGAAGCCGAGACGGAGACCCAGAGGAGCUGGAAGAAUUCGAGUAACGUGAUGGCGAAGCAGAGUCCGAUAGUGAACAGCGUGGCGGUGGAGAAGGAGUCGGAGGAUCCGUACAAGGAUUUCCGGCACUCGAUGCUGCAGAUGAUAUUUGAGAAGGAGAUGUACUCGGAAUCCGAUCUGGAGGAGCUUCUGGAAGCAUUCCUGGAGCUGAACUCGCCGAGACAGCACGAGGUGAUCGUGAAGGCGUACACGCAAAUCUGCGAAGAUGCGUUUCCAAACAAUGAUAAUAACAAGAAGACGACGACGAACAAGAGCAAGGGGAUGAGGCGUUAUGGUCACGUGAGGAAUCAGCCAGCGGCACGUGCGUAG